CCGAUCCGGGCGGCCCUCGGGUACCUUUAGGACCCGGGCCAGCCUCCAGACUUCCCAAAAUAGACCCCCGGGCCAGAUGCCUGAGCGCGUCAUGGACUCCGGAGGAGCCGAACGCCUCGGCGGCGCCCCGGCCACACAGCCGCCAUUGGCGCACGUCGCCCCCUCGCUCUUUCUCGGGAACGCGCGCACUGCAGCCGCGUCGGAGCUGCUGGCGUGCGCGGGCGUCACCCUGUGCGUUAACGUCUCGCGCCAGCAGCCCGGGCCGCGCGCGCCCGGCGUGGCCGAGCUGCGCGUGCCCGUGUUCGACGACCCAGCCGAGGACCUGCUGGCCCACCUGGAGCCCACCUGCGCCGCCAUGGAGGCCGCAGUGCGCGCCGGCGGCGCCUGCCUCGUCUACUGCAAGAAUGGCCGCAGCCGCUCGGCCGCCGUCUGCACCGCGUACCUCAUGCGGCACCGUGGCCUGAGCCUGGCGCAGGCCUUCCAGACCGUGAAGAGCGCCCGCCCCGUGGCCGAGCCCAACCCUGGCUUCUGGUCCCAGCUCCAGAAGUACGAGGAGGGCCUGCAGUCCAGGUCCCGCCUGACCCCGGAGCCCUCCACACAGUGAGCCCUGAUUGGUCAGUCCAACCCCCAAGCCAGACUGGGAGUUUCCUGGGAUGGUGUAAUCCAAGCAUGUCAAACUCAGGGCCGCAGACCGCAUGCAGCCCACAACUAAUAUUUUUGCGGCCCAGCCAAUGUAAGGGUAUGUAAGAAAUGUUUUAAUAAA